AUGUCACUCAAUCUCACAAACACCACUAGUACUGUGAAUGACCUGACAGGAAUGGUCGACAAGACGGAGCAGAUCGCCAAUGGACACUGCGGAGAGGUAUGGAAAGGCACCUACACUGCAAAAGGAGGUCAACCAGUCAUUGUACAGAAAACAAUGCGGGUAAACUCUCUUACCUCUCAAUUCAAAAUUUAUUAUUCAGCCAAAUAUUUCCAGCGACUCCUGCGAGAAAUAAGAGUAUGGAGCAAGUGUAUUGAUCCUCACGUGGCCCCAUUUAUUGGCAUAUGUUAUGAGGUCACGCGAGGGCAUCGAGUCCCCUGUUUGGUUUCUCCUUUCUAUGAGAACAGAACCAUCACGCAGUACCUAAAAAACAAUCCGAAUGCUAUUCGGAUGGACUUGCUUCGCCAAUUUAUUUCUGGAUUGGCUUAUCUACAUCAACCUGGCCGGGCUAUUGUUCAUGGGGACAUCAAACCUACAAAUAUCCUCAUCGACGACACAGGCAAGGCAGUGUUAGCGGACUUUGGACACUCUCGAAUUCUUGGAGUUUCUGGGUUCACGACAAUCACAACGACCACAGCUGGCACGUUCCGCUACAUGGCGCCGGAGUUGAUGGUACCUGAAACCCACGAUUCAACACCAACACCAACAACAGCAUCAGAUGUCUGGGCAGCAGGGAUGACGGGCCUGGAGAUUAUCUCCGGUAGGAUCCCCUAUGUGGAAUACAAAACGGAUAGCCAGUUAGUCGAAGCAAUGGUGGCCGAUAGAUUACCCGACGGGAGACACUACCCUCUCGUUCGCCACGGUGCAUGGACUGCCUUUGAGCAGUGUUGGAGAAAGGUCCCGACAAGGCGACCAGAUAUGCAAGAAGUAAAAAAUUAUUUAGAUCGGGAAUAUGGACCUGACUCAAAAAGGUCAGCCAGACCUACUAGAACUCGCGGUUAA